UGGUUUUAGUAAUAAAGCUAAUUAUCACCCGACAACCCGGGUUAAAGGUCGGUUUGGACAAGUUUCUCAUUAGCAUUAUAGUCUCACCUGAAUAUACUGUCUGUAUAAUAAAGCUGUUGGUUUAGCAGUUGGGUUUGUCAGAGGUUUUCUGGCAUAUCGCAUUAUUCUCAGUUGUAUCAUGCGUGUCGUUUUUGUCCCCUGGGCUGCCUCGGAACUGAGUGUUCUGGGCGGAUUUACUGAUACAGCCAUUUACUGCCUGGAACAAUCACUUGCAGCGAAGGUGACUCUGGAUCCAGACACGGCCCAUCCUGACCUCCUCGUGUCUGCGGAUCGGAGACGUGGGAGAUGGGGAGACACACGGCAGGAUCUGCCCGACAACCCUGAGAGAUUUGACACUGUGCCCUGCGUGCUGGGCUGUGAGGGAUUCACCUCGGGCCGACAUUACUGGGAGGUGGAGGUGGGGGUGGAGGCGAUGGGAGUCUGUGCUGUGGGGGUGGCCAGACAGUCUGUGAGGAGGAAGGGACAGAUCCGUCCUAACCCCGAGGAGGGGAUCUGGGCUGUGCCGUGCAGUGAGGAUCAGUCCCGGGCUCUGACGUCCCCUGGGCAGAGCACCCCCGUGUCCCCGAGCCGGGCACCCUGCAGGAUCCGGGUUUAUCUGGACUAUGACGGGGGGCGGGGGGCAUUUUUCGAUGCUGGUCGCGGGGACCCGAUCCUCACUUUCCUGCGGGCCGCUUUCGCCGGGGAGAGAAUCCGCCCGCUCUUCUGGGUUGGUGUUAGCGUGCGGCUCCUCUAGCCCCCACCCCCCUGUUCUCUAUGGCCUGGAGGACUCAGCCAGUCUCCCCCCCCCCCCACAGACGGGGCUGAAGGGGGUGACGCUCUCCCCGUAGCUCUAUGGCUGUGGAGGUCUGUGUGAGGCGGCGCUCUAGGCUGGGUCUCUCUGCUCCUUGGAGGCCGACUCUGUGUGGAGGGCGGGGGGGGGGUCCCACCAAGGAAGGAGGGACCCCCCUGUGGGAGAGGGGCGCAGUCGAG